CGCUUAACUUAUAAAGUCUCAAAAAUCAUUUGCAUCUGCCUUCAGUAGAGUGCGAGGAAGAAGUGUGGUGGGGUAUGAGUGAAAAGGACGAUGAGGGAAAAGGUGGAAAUUUCGCAUAUCGAACUCCCCGAGGCCAAGAGCGGCAACGCCCUGGCCUACAACAAAGCAGUGGAAGAUAUAAGAAGAUGCAUGAAAGAAGAAAGUUCUAGCAUUGGACAAGAAUCGGUUGAUUUUGAAACAGCAAUAUCAAAGGCAGGGUAUGGAAAGUUUAAUUAUUUUCUGCUAUUGAUCGCUGUUCCUGCUUCGUGCUCAUCUGCCUAUGUCACCGGUGCUGUUUCGUUUAUUCUACCCGUUGCCGGAUGUGAGCUGGGUUUGUCUUCAUUUGAAAAAGGCCUGAUCAACUGUGCCCCUUACGCCGGUAUGGUUUUAUCCGCAUUUUUUUGGGGUUUUCUUUCCGAUGCAUUCGGACGAAAACACUUGCUUUGCUACGGGUUUCUCCUGGAUGCGGUCAUGAACCUAUUAUCAAGCCUGGCCCCUAAUUUUGCCAUUAUGUUUUUAUUUAAGUUUUUUAGUGGUGUCAUGGUUUGUGGUCCUUAUUCAAUAUUCAUGGCAUACUUGUCAGAAGUGUUUCUGGACAAAAGACGUGACAUGGCUGUCCUCUUGGCAGGGAUGUUUUGCGCAGUAGGAAGUAUUUUUCAACCAAUAAUGGCAAUGGUUCUGAUCCCUCUUGACAUCCACAUCCAAUUAUUCGGGGGUUUCGAAGUAAAAUCUUGGCGGAUUUUCCUCAUGGCCUGUGGCCUGCCUUCUCUGAUUUGUGGAGUUUGUUCGAUCUGUUUCGUUGAAAGCCCGAAAUUCUUAAUGGAGCAUGGAAGGAAAGAGGAAGCGCUUAACGUUUUUCAGAAAAUCUACACUAUCAACACUGGCCUACCCCAGCAUACGUAUCCCAUCCAUAAGCUGCACGAUGCAAGAAGGCUGUCGGCUAUUGAAAGGAGCAAAGAAGAGAAAGACUUUCUAACCUUGCUGAAAGAUGGUGUAAACCAGGCUCUUGUGCUUUUAAAACCACCAUAUGUACGUAGAGUAUGUUUCUUCUUUUUCAUCCAAUUUGGCAGCAUGGCAUGUUUGAAUGUACUAAGACUUUGGCUACCCCAGAUGUUCACAUUGGUGGAAAUGCAAAGUGAACCGAAUGCCACAUUGUCCGAUGGAAGGCGAGAUCUAGGGUUCUGUGAAGUAUUUGUAGAAAAUGCUAACAAGCCGGAAACAAGCUGCAAUGAUCUGGUCAUGAAGCCGGAAGUUUUUCUCAACAUGAUGUGGAUCAACGCUGGCACAUUGUUAGCGCACGUAGUUUUUAUAAUUUCCGUCAAAUACGUUGGAAAGAAAAUGAUAAUCACUGCAACGACAAUCCUGGGUGCGACUUGUGUAAUCAUGAUACCAUUUUUCUCGACCAAAUUCGUUGUACCACUUUCAUCAACGUUUGUCGCUGUCCUUAACAUAACAUUCUUCUCUGUCAUUGGCUUAGUCGUUGCGACUUUUCCAACAAAAAUACGAGCGACUAGCGUAAGUCUUACAAUGAUGUUCGGAAGAAUUGGCGUCCUGUCGGCCAACCUGGGAAUCGCCAGCAUUAUGUACACACAGUGCGAUUUGAUAUUUUACAUAAUUUUUGCGACUCUGAUGGUGAUUGGAGUUACCUCCACAUUACUUUCGACAACCCCAAUUGACAAUAACGCUCCAACUCAAAAAGUAAAAGAACAAAAUUGUUCAAAAGUUGGUUUGAAAUUAUUUAUCUUUGGAAUGAGACGCCUUUCCGAUUUCAGUGACCGCUAUGGGACGUUUCAAGAGAAUGAUAUGUCAAACCAAAGGAAUUCAAAUGAUAAAGCUGUGAAACUUGAAGAAGCUCUGAUUUUGUCAGGAUAUGGACUGUAUAAUUACCUGGCGAUAUUGGGAGGUGGUCUGUCCCUUUUUGGAGGUUUGGGAGUAGUUUUAAUAUUGUCCUACACAUUGCCUGCAACUGACUGUGAUAUGCAUUUAACACCUAAAGAUAAGGGUGUUUUGACGUCAAUAGCUUAUACAGGAAUGCUAUUUUCAUCGCAUUUAUAUGGUUACCUGUCUGACACUUACGGAAGGCGGAAAAUAGUAAUAUACAGCAAUUAUAGCUGUGCCCUGCUUUCGUUUCUGGCCAUGUUCUCGCCCAACCCUUACUUCCUGACAGUACUAUGGUUUACCAACGGAUUUAUUGCAGGAGGCCUCCUUACACCGGCUUAUGUGUAUAUAAGUGAAUUCUGCGCCUUUGAUAAACGAGCCACUUCCCUUCUUAUUGCCUCUGCUAUCGCUUCACUCAUCACUACUUUCCUACCAGGUAUGGCUUGGGUUGUGAUGCCUCUGAAUUUCCGAAUUCAGACCUUUUAUGGUGUGGAACUGACCCCUUGGAGAAUCUAUAUCGCCCUGCUAGCGAUACCGUCGUUGCUUUGCAACAUUCUCAUGCAUUUUCUACUGGAAUCUCCGAAAUAUUUACUUACAAGAGGACAGAAGCAGGAGACGCUGCAUGUUCUGAGAAAGAUGUAUUCUGUGAACUUCAGGGUCCCACCGCACACCUAUCCUGUUGUUGAUAUUUCAUUGGAUGAUGGGGACAUGGUGCACGAAGCCUCACAAGUUGGAUUUAUUAAAGAUAUGUGGAGGCAAACCGUUACAUUGUUCUCGCCACCUUUGCUAUCAAGUACAAUUUUAUCCUGUUUUCUCAAUUUAGGACUUAUCGGGUCAUAUAAUGUAAUUAUGCUGUGGCUUCCUGAGUUAAUAAGCAGAAUGUCAAUCUAUUCCACAGACCACGAAGUUUACAAUGCAACUAUUUGCCAGGUUUUUAAUUAUAAAGAUGAAAUUAUUGUAGUUGUGAAUAAAACUAUGACAUCAAACACAGCUUAUGAAGUAGGCGAACCUUGCAAAAUGGUAGUAGAUGAAAUAAUUUAUCUUACAACAAUGGGAAUCGGAGUUUGCCAAUUUGUAUUCUUUGGAUUGAUGAGUAUCCUGUCAAACCAUUUCUCUAGAAGAGGCCUGAUAGUCAGCUGUCUAAUUAUUGGAGCUGCAAGUUACACAGUCGUAACGUUAAUGCAUGCCAUGGCUUUGACGACGGCAGGGCUUGCACUUGGUGUGAUUCUUCUAGGAGCUGCCCUUCCUUUAGCACUCAGCAUCAUCGUAGACUUUUUCCCAACUCAUCUCAGGGCGAUGGCAACAUGCAUUUGUAUGAUAUUUGGAAGGUUAGGCUCUUCAUUCGGAGGACAGCUUUUUGGCAUUUUACAAGAAAACUACUGCGAAUAUUCAUAUUAUGGUCUUUCUCUAAUCUUACUAGGCAUUUCAGCACUUUGUUUUGUUAUUCCUUUAAAUAAGAAAAACUAGAUGCAGCUAGAGAGAAAUAUCAAAAUGCCACGUAUGUUUUUAAUAUAAUAAAACACAUCAUUUCCUACUGACGUUAA